AUGUCCAGACGACGAGCUCAUACCAAGUCUUCAAAUGGCUGCGCACAAUGCAAAAGGAGGCGGGUAAAGUGCGACGAAACACGGCCGUCAUGUGCAAUUUGUGCAAGAAGAGGUGAACCAUGCAGUUACCUUUCGCAGCCAUCAAAUCAGACACAAGGCAAUUUGCUUGCUGGAUUCUCGGCUCAGACCUCACCCACAACAUCUGAGUUCGAAGUUGAUAACAAUAGGGCUCUAGAGCUAAGAUUGAUGCAUCAAUAUUCAACCUCUACAUCCGUCGUUCUUUCCAAAGACUCGAGAGAUAUAAUGUUUUACUCCGAUGUUAUGGUCCAUCACGCAAUUUCAAACACAUUUCUGCUUCAUUCCAUUUUAGCCUCCGCCGCUAUUCACAUGUCGACUAUUGAGACUGACAAAUCACAAUAUUGGGUUGCUACUGCCCUGCAGUAUCACAGUCGUGCAUCACUUGGUCUCAAUGAAGCUUUAAAGAAUUACUCAUCUGCUUCAGAUGCGAUAUCUCUAUGUUCCCUGACCAUGGUUAUAAAUUCUUUAUCUUUGUCGAGAGAGAGAUUGGGAGGCGAAGAAAUUGAUCCUGUGGCUGAGUUGGUUCAAAUACGCAAAUUACUUCAGGGGCUCUCAGUCUGCUUAGACCAAACAAUAGGGGGUAACUUGUGGAGCGGUUCUUUCGAGGCUUGGAGGGAUCAAUUGAUCCUGAAAUCAUCCAAUCCGAAAGACACGGUUCAUAGGGACCUUCUCACACAUAUUGAUAACACAAAUUCCAUUUUUGGGCACAUGGGUAUAUUUUUGAGCCAGCACGAGAAGUUUCCAGAAUAUCAAUCCAAAAAUGAAGAAUUCAUCCAGACGAUACUGCAUAAGACGAAUGAAAUGGCUACAUACAUAGCUUCUAUUGAAAGUGAACAUAAGACUGAAUACAUCAAUGCUUAUACAUCACUCUUAUCAUACAUGGAAAUUUUUCGAAUAGAACAGGGCGCUACCAUCAUAGCAUGGCCACUGGCAGCCAGCAAUUUUCUGGUAUCCCUUUUAAUGAACGGUGAUGACAUAGCAAUGCUAAUAUUUAUGCACUAUGGAGUAGCGCUAUAUUUAUGCAACUUACAUAGUUUUUCGAAAGGCGCCGGAAAGCAUUUGGUAGAGAAAUUAUCGCUAGCACUCGAGGCAAAACGUCCAGAAUGGAUCGAGGUGCUUCUCUGGGCAAGGGCCUCUGUUUUACGGGAUAUGUAG